AUCGGACACAAUUGUUGGUUGCACCUACUAUGGGAUGGAGUUUCGUUGACAAACGCCGUGAAAGCGCAUUCGUUUGUCAACUUGUAGCAGCGGACGACAACAUUCAGUACCCGGCGAGGGGAGCAGCAUGGCCGAAACUAUCAUCAUCCGUGUUCAAUCCCCAGAUGGGAUGAAGAAAAUUCCUUCGACUAAGCGGGAGACUGCUGCUGCCUUUUUAAAGAAGGUGGCCAAAGAGUUUGGCUUCAACUCCAACCGCUUCUCCGUUUACCUGAACCGCAAUAAAACCGGCGAAAUCCUCUCGCAGAACAAAACCCUCAGCCUGCUGAAGAUUAAGCACGGCGACAUGCUCUUCUUGUUCCCCUCGGGCUCGCCGGCCUCCUCCUCCUCAUCGUCCGCCGAGGUGAUGGACACGGCCGCCCCGCACUCGUCCUCAUCAUUGCCGUCUGCUUCCUCGUCCUUCCUGAUGCCCCGCCCCCAGUCGGCACCGCAGAUCCAGGAGGACGACAUCGACCAGUUUCUGACCAAACAGGACGGCAAGAUCUACAGGAACCGAGACGCGCAGCUAUGUCGCCACGGCGCCCUGGGCAAGUGUGUGCACUGUGUGCCGUUGGAGCCUUUUGACGAAGACUACCUGAACCACCUGGACCCGCCCGUCAAGCACAUGUCGUUCCACGCGUACCUGCGAAAGCUGACCGGAGGAGCCGACAAGGGGAAGUUUGCCGCCCUGGAGAAUAUCAGCUGUAAGAUCAAGUCGGGGUGCGAGGGUCACCCUCCCUGGCCGGAGGGCAUCUGCACCAAGUGCCAGCCCAGCGCCAUCACGCUCAACAGACAGAAAUACCGACACGUGGACAACAUCAUGUUUGAGAACCACACCAUCGCCGACCGCUUCCUGGACUUCUGGCGCAAGACGGGCAGCCAGAGGGUGGGCUACCUGUUCGGCAGGUACACGGAGCACAAAGACAUCCCGCUGGGCAUCCGAGCCGAGGUGGCCGCCAUCUACGAGCCUCCGCAGAACGCGACUCAGAACAGUCUGGAGCUGCUGGAGGACCCCAAAGCCGCAGCCGUGGACGAGAUUGCCGCCAAGCUUGGCCUUCGGAAGGUGGGCUGGAUUUUCUCCGACCUGAUCUCCGAGGACACCAGGAUCGGGACUGUCCGCUUCACCAGAAACCAGGACUCGCACUUCCUGAGUGCGGAGGAGUGCAUCACGGCGGGCUACUUCCAAAACCAACAUUCCAACCCUUGCAAACUCUCCCGAGACGGACACUUCGGCUCCAAGUUUGUGACGGUGGUGGCCACAGGCGGUCCGGACAACCAGGUGCACUUCGAGGGCUACCAGGUGUCCAAUCAAUGCAUGGCCCUGGUGAGGGACGAGUGCUUGCUGCCCUGCAAGGACGCCCCCGAGCUGGGCUACGCCAAAGAGUCCAGUCCCGAGCAGUACGUCCCGGACGUCUUCUUCAAGGACAAAGACAAGUUUGGGAACGACGUCACCUUCUUGGCACGCCCUCUUCCCGUGGAGUAUCUUAUCAUUGACAUCACCACCACGUUCCCCAAGGACCCCCAGUUCACCUUCAGCUCCACUCAGCGCUUCCCCAUCGAGAACCGAGAAAUCCUCGGAGAGACGCAAGACUUCCACAGCCUGGCCACGUAUUUGUCGCAGUGCUCCUCCGCGUCCUUCCUGGACAUCGUGUCCGACUUCCAUCUGCUCCUCUUCCUGGUCACCAACGAGGUCAUGCCUCUGAGGGACAGCAUCGGCCUGCUGCUGGAUGCCGUCAAGACAUCCGACGGGGACCUCGCCGAGACCUGGAAGAAGUCGGAGCAGUGGGCCACCAUCGAGCAGCUGUGCGGCACAGUAGGGGGGCAGCCGUCGGCUUCGGUGGGUUUCGACAGCAUGGGCGACCCGUCGGCACCUCCGUCCUCCUCCGCCAUGUGGUCUUGCGUGCACUGCACGUUCAUGAACCAGCCCGGGACCGAGCACUGUGAAAUGUGCAGGCUGCCCCGCACUUAAAACGCCCCCCCGCCCUCGCAGCCCCCCGCUUUUGCUUUCCAACGAAAAAUCUCGGGCCCUUCUGCUAUUGAGCGCUUCCCGCUCGGAUGGUUUGGACUGCAACGGGCCAAAUGCGAACUGGCGCUCAUCAGAUUGGAUGGCGCUCGCCUGUCAGUCUUCAUCUUCGCUCAACUGGUGCUCGCCCAAGUUUUUUUGUUUGUUGUUUUGGUUGGUUUUGUUUGACCCGAUAACGGAAUCUGACAGACCGCAAGAACCAAACGUGGUGCCUUGAGAUACAUUUUGAAUUUGUUCUGUGAUUUCUAAUCAUCUUUUGUCCAUAAGAAUGGUUGUCAAGGCCACUCCAGCCACCACCCCCC